AUGGACGAUCUCGCGUCCCUCGAGCUGCUCUCCCUCGUCUCAAGAAUCACCUCCGAACUCAACAACCAUGUGGGAAUCAACGACAAGACUCUUGCUGAGUUCGUGAUUGAUCAACAUGAGAAAAGCGACGGGAAACUGGUUGACUUUAAGAAUGCCCUGGCUGCUCUUGGGGCUGACUUCCCAAACAGUCUGGUGGAGAGCAUUGACCGACUGAUACGAACGAUGCAUCCGAAAUACAAGAACCAGAGCCAGCAGCAGAGCGGUAACGGCGAUAUGGACGAGCUAGGCGCUCUAGAGAGCAAGGCGAAAAGGUUCAAAGGCCUCGCAGUGCCUGACCGGAACCCAAAUUGGGAUGAUUGGGAGGAUGACACUGUUGGCCAGAAAGCCAUUGAAGAAGACCCGCGUCGCGCUGGCGAUGACACCUUCGCGCUGCUCGAGGGAUUAGCACCUUCGACCGGGGCCCAUUCGUCCACGAACGGUAACAUGAGAAAGCGCAGCCGAAGUCCAGGUCGAGACGACUACCCUCGAGACAGACGUCCUCGUCAGAAAUACUGGUCAAGAAGUCCAAGUCCGCGAGAAGAGAAGCGGUCUCGGCGAAGGCAUGACGAUGAUGAUGACGAUGAGAGGCGUCGUAGGCAUAGACACCGAGAUCGGGAGCGAGACCGAAGAGAUGGGUCCCAUCGGACUCGACGAGAUCGCGACUACGACGAAAAGCUCGAUGAUCAUCCUGUGCUGUACAAGGUGUACGACGGUGUCAUCACCGGGCUAAAGGACUUUGGAGCCUUCGUCAAUCUGCAGGGAGUCAAGGGCAAAGUGGAUGGUCUUGUCCAUGUGUCAGCCAUCCAAGAAGGCGCUCGUGUCAAUCAUCCAUCAGACUUGCUUUCUCGCGGACAGCCUGUCAAGGUGAAGGUGAGCAAGAUUGAAGGCACACGCAUCGGUCUGUCGAUGAAGGAGGUCGACCAGGUAUCUGGCGAAGAUCUAAUUCCUUCAAAGCGCAUUGCUUCGGGUGCCAACAUGGAGCGUAUGAAUGGUGCCGUCGAUCGCUAUGGUAACCUUUCUGAGAACGUGCCGGUCAUUGAAGGUGACAUCAACGGACGUUCUGGUCGAAAUAAUCGCAAGCGAAUGACCUCACCAGAACGAUGGGAAAUCAAGCAGCUAAUCGCUUCGGGUGCAAUCUCGGCCCACGAGUAUCCUGAUAUUGAUCAGGAAUACAACGAUAAUCUCAACGGCGAUGGCGAGCCUGAGGAACUGGAGGAGGACGUUGAUAUUGAAGUACGAGAGGAAGAACCGCCCUUCCUGGCUGGGCAGACGAAGCAGUCUCUGGAGCUAUCACCCAUUCGUGUCGUCAAGGCGCCGGAAGGUUCCUUAAAUCGUGCCGCACAGGGCGGAACAGCACUGGCGAAAGAGCGUCGCGAGCUGAGACAGCAAGAAGCUACUGACAAAGCCGCGGAGGAAGCCUCUAAAGUUGAUCUCAACGCACAGUGGCAGGACCCAAUGAUCAACCCCGAGGAUCGUAAAUUCGCUUCCGACUUGCGCCAGGCACAGCAACAGACCACUAAAGCGAUUGCAGCAGUUCCAGAAUGGAGACGUGCAACUCAAGGCCAGGGCCAAUCAUUCGGCCGGCGUACCGACAUGACCAUUAAGCAACAGCGCGAAUCCCUGCCCGUGUUCAAAUUCAGGAAUCAGCUUCUUGACGCUGUGGCUCAGAAUCAGCUGCUCAUCGUGGUUGGCGACACAGGUUCUGGGAAGACGACACAGCUAACACAGUACCUAGCCGAAGCUGGCUAUGCUAAUGAUGGUAUCAUCGCUUGCACUCAGCCUCGACGUGUAGCUGCCAUGUCGGUCGCCAAACGUGUCUCCGAAGAAGUCGGUUGCGAGCUCGGACGGGAGGUAGGCUACACCAUUCGUUUCGAAGAUCGUACCUCGCCUGAUACAAGGAUCAAAUACAUGACGGACGGUAUGCUGCAAAGAGAAAUCCUACUAGAUCCCGAUCUAAGACGAUAUACCGUGAUCAUGUUGGAUGAGGCACACGAGAGGACAAUAGCAACUGACGUCUUGUUCGGGUUGCUCAAGAAGACGCUGAAGCGGAGGCCAGACCUCAAAGUCAUCGUCACAUCGGCAACUCUCGACGCCGACAAGUUCAGCGAGUUUUUCAACCAGUGUCCGAUCUUUUCGAUACCGGGACGCACAUACCCUGUCGAGAUCAUGUACUCGAGAGAGCCAGAGGAGGACUACUUGGACGCGGCUUUGACUACUGUUAUGCAAAUCCAUCUUACCGAACCUCCCGGAGACAUCCUGCUGUUCCUGACGGGCCAAGAAGAGAUCGACACUAGCUGCGAAGUUCUCUAUGAGCGGAUGAAAGCUCUGGGACCCAGCGUACCUGAGCUCAUCAUUCUGCCAGUCUAUUCGGCCCUGCCGAGCGAGAUGCAAAGCAAAAUCUUCGAUCCAGCUCCUGCAGGUAGUCGGAAGGUGGUCAUCGCAACAAAUAUCGCCGAAACAUCCAUCACUAUCGAUCAUAUUUACUACGUUAUUGAUCCUGGUUUCGUCAAGCAGAACGCGUAUGAUCCGAAACUGGGCAUGGAUUCUCUCAUUGUGACACCUAUCUCCCAAGCUCAAGCGAAACAACGAGCGGGCAGAGCCGGUCGAACAGGUCCAGGUAAAUGCUUCAGGCUGUACACUGAGGCUGCGUACCAGUCAGAGAUGCUGCCAACAACCAUCCCUGAGAUUCAGCGGCAGAACCUGUCCAACACAAUCCUUAUGCUAAAAGCCAUGGGAAUCAACGAUCUGCUGCAUUUCGAUUUCAUGGACCCGCCACCAACAAACACCAUGUUGACUGCACUGGAAGAACUGUACGCUCUAUCUGCACUUGACGACGAGGGACUGCUCACACGGCUUGGGCGGAAGAUGGCUGACUUCCCUAUGGAGCCUGCUCUAGCCAAAGUGCUUAUCGCAUCGGUUGACACCGGCUGCAGCGAAGAGAUGCUCUCAAUUGUCGCAAUGCUGUCGGUGCAGUCCGUCUUCUAUCGCCCGAAGGAAAAGCAGCAGCAGGCCGAUCAAAAGAAGGCCAAGUUCCAUGACCCGCAUGGAGAUCACCUCACUCUACUGAACGUAUACAAUGCGUGGAAGACCUCGCGCUUCUCUGAGCCUUGGUGCUUUGAGAAUUUCAUCCAGAAACGCCAGAUGACGCGCGCGAAAGAUGUACGGCAGCAGCUUCUCCAAAUCUUCACCCGCUACAAGCAUCAGGUGAUCUCCUGCGGCCGCAAUACACUGAAGGUCCGUCAGGCUCUUUGUUCAGGAUUCUUCCGCAACAGCGCCCGCAAGGAUCCUCAGGAAGGCUAUAAGACUCUCAUCGAGGGAACACCAGUCUACAUGCAUCCCAGUUCUGCACUUUUCGGCAAACCGGCUGAGCAUGUUAUCUACCACACUCUGGUCUUGACGACGAAAGAGUAUAUGCAUUGCGCAACAGUCAUCGAGCCACGGUGGCUAGUGGAGGCAGCGCCUACAUUCUUCAGAGAGGCCGACAAGAAUAAGCUGAGUAAGAGGAAGAAGGCUGAACGGAUUCAACCUUUGCAUGACAAGUAUCGGGGCGAGGAUGAAUGGAGGCUGAGCUCUCAGAGGAAGCAAGGUCGCGGAGGAGGUGGCGGUACUUGGGGUUAA